AUGAAUAGGAUACACGUCACGCGAAGUAUUCGAUAUUUUCAUCAUAUAUCGUGUCGACUAAGGUCUAUAAGCAAAGCAGAACCAGGUCUCUCUGAUAAAGUUCAAAGCAUCCUCAAGAGUGAAGGUCCGGAUGCAUUGAAGAAUGAUGGGAUUAACAUUCUAUCGGACUACAUUUCAAAUCGAAGUGCAACUAGUGCAGAGCGAGGCCGUAUCAUCAAGUUCAUGUACAGUAGGAAAGCCCAUGAGGACCUCAUCAAAUUAAGCAACUCAUGUUUGCUCGAUUCGGGGGAGAAGUUCCAGAGUAAUGUUUCUGCAGAUGAAAUGCGGAGCUAUAUGAAUUCUCUUGUGUUCACAAGACAGCAUGAAUUGUUAAACAGAAAAAUGCUUAAUCUUAUUAACCAGUUUUCUUUGACUAGGAAAGAUUUGGUGGUAAAAGUGAUUAAUUCUGUGUUUACGCAACUUUACCGCACAACUUCUAUGGAACAGUCACUAACCGUAUGGGUAAAACUCUGUAAGUACAUGCAUGGCCAUGUGGACUUUACGAGUUAUGAGCACUAUAAAUAUAUUCUGAAAACACUAUUGUUUUUCCUGAGGGAGAAGGAUAUAUCAGCAUGCUAUAAAGAAGUUUUGGAUUUAGUUGAGCUGAGGGAAAAUCCAUUGAGCUCCUCUCAAUUUGCUAGCACGCUAAUGUAUCUUCUUACUUAUAGUAGGAACUUUUUGCUUGCUGAAAAAGUAUGGGAUUAUAAGAUUGAAAAAGGAUUCCCAGUUGUUGCCUCCGAUUUAACCUCCAUUUGUAAAACCUACUGCCACUUUCGGAGAUACUCUCUUGUUACUGAAGUAUAUUCGAGAUACCCGGAAGCUCAUGAUGACCAGUCUCAGUUUGACUAUCUACUAGUCGCCUAUGCGAAACAACAAAAUUGGGAAAGUCUCCAAAAUCAGUUUAAUUCUUUAUUUGGGAUAGGUGAGCUACCAAAUAUCAAUCAUUAUGGAAUUGUAAUGUAUGCUAUCGCACAAUUGGGCGAACGGGACAUUGUUGAAAGGCUUUACAGCCAGCUCUUACGCAGAAAGAUGGUCCCAAAUUUGCCCGUUCUACAGUCUCUAUUAUAUGCAUAUUAUAAGAGCGGUGAUAUCGCAGGAUGUUUUCGACAAUUUGAACUUUUCAAUAAGUAUGGAAUACAACCAACAUCCUCAACCUGCCAGAUAAUGUUGAAAGUAUAUCGUAAUAUUGGUGAUAUUGAUGGUGCUUUAAGAACUUUGAAACGGAUGACUGAUAGUAAUAUUGAAAUUUGGGAAACCCAUUUCGCAAUUCUGAUUAAUACAUGCGCAAAAAUUACGAAUUAUGCUAUUGCUGAGGAGUUGUUCCAAGUAAUGAAAGACUAUUAUAACAUUAAACCGACUGGAUCAUCAAUAGGUGCGUUAAUGUAUGUUUACAUCGAGAGUAAUCUCCCACAACAGGCAUUGAAAUUAUUUCACAAAUAUUGUAAGGGGAAUUCCAAUGUGGAUGAAAACAUUAAGAUUUAUAAUAAAGCCAUUGAAGCGCACAUGCUGAUGGGCCAGGAUACUCUAUCUGAAAGACUAUUUCAAGAAAUUUUAGAUAGAAACAUACCAACAAAUUCGGAAUUCUAUAAAGUCAUGAUAGCCCAUCUUUCGCGACGUAAAAAGGACUAUGACACGGCGGAGGGAGUGCUAGAUCAGUUAUUAAAUCACCCUACACUAGUAGCCACUGCUUCUCAUUUCGAAAUAUUGAUGGAUGUAUAUGAUCGAUGUUCUUAUCGAGAAGGGGUGUUCAAGCUAUAUCAAAGAAUGCUGGAUCAUAAUAUUCCUGUAAAUUCUAGAGUCCUAUACUACUUGAUAAAGUCGACGUUCAAAGUCAAGUUACAAACGAAAGAAAAUCUGGAUGAAGCCAUCGAUGUUGUCGACGACAUUAUGAAGCGAGCAGCUAAAAGAACCUUGGAUAUUACAUUUGAUAAAUUGCAUCCAUCGGUAAUGGCAUGGCCUAUGAGGGCAAUUUCUAAGUUCUAUAGCCCCAUGAAAGCCAUCGAUCUAAUGAACAAGUACAAUGAUCUUUUUUAUGAAAAUGGUGAAUCGGCCAAUGGAAGGCUUGUGGUAAUGAGAAGUAUGAUGGUUCUCUCGGCAGAAAUCCAACAGUGGGAUGACUUUCAAAAAAUUUUUGAAAGAUACCUGUCUAAAAUUGAUUACUACGAUAGCUUACCCUCUUCGACGGUAAGAAAUAAAAAGUUGUCUUCCUCGUUAAGGGGGAUUUUGGGCUAUAAGAUCAAACAACUUGCUGCUACCAAUAGUGUGACGAAGAUACCGGAUUUACUGAAGCAAAUGGAAAGUAAGGGAUUAAUAAUCGAUAAUGAUUCGUGGAAUGAAGCAGUCCUCACGAUGUUCAGUGAUUCGAGGACAAUUGAAGAGGGAUUGCGUAUCACUAAUGAAAAGCUAAUUCAUGGCUACAAUUUAAUACACAAAAUGAGAUUACUCAAGAAGCACGCUACUGCAAGUACAUCGAUUGGAAAAGCUCCUUGGCUGUUGGAUAGAAAGAAGGAAAAUCCCAAAAGUUUUAAUCCCUCCUUAUUUUUGAAGUCGGAGGUGUAUGAAAAAGUGAAGACCUCUUUGGACAGCUAUCUAAGCACUUUUGUUAAAGUUGAAGAGGAAAUUGGUCGCUUAGUUAAUUUGUAUGGCUACUUUAUGAAAAGUUAUUUGAUGGAACCAAGAUCUCAUGUACCACAUUGGGAUGAAAUCGAAUAUAAGAAUGCGUCCUUCUUCAGAGAGCUAAGGACCAAAAAGCGCAUAACUGCAUGGAAUUGUCUGAGCGAUUAG